AUGGUCGCAACACUCCCCUUCGCCCCCGGCCUGGACGUGCCAUCCCCUGGCUUUGGUGCCAUGGGCCUCAGCUUUGGUCUUGGAUCCAACCUCACUCUUGAGCAGGCAGAGCCCGUGCUCCUCAAAGCAAUUGAACUGGGCUGCACCUUUUGGGAUACCGCGGUCGUCUACCAAGCCGGCGUAAAUGAGAAACUGCUUGGUGACUUUAUUCGGAAACACAAUGUCCGGGACAAAGUAUUCGUGGCCUCGAAAUGCGGUUUCAAUGCCUUCGGCGAUGGAAGCGUAACCAAUUCCGCCGCGCAUAUCAAGGAGUACAUUGAAGGAACUAUCGAGAGACUGGGAUUCGCCCCUGAUCUGUACUAUUUACAUCGCAUAGACCCCAAAACUCCACUCGAAGAGUCCAUUCCCGCCCUCGACGAGAUUCGCAAAGCCGGAAAGACAAAGUACAUUGGUCUGUCUGAAUGCUCGGCUGCUACAUUGCGGAAAGCCAAUGCCAUUGCCAAGAUUGAUGCUGUGCAAGCUGAGUACUCAGCUUUUGAGACCUUGCACGAGACGGACGGUUUGAUUGAAACCGCCAAGGAGCUGGGCGUGGCCUAUGUCGCGUACAGUCCGCUUGGGCAUGGAUGGCUAGUUGAUAAUUUCGACUACAAAUCUCCCGACGACUUUGCGCCUGAUGAUUUCAGACGGAAGUCUCCGAAAUUUCAAGGAGAGAACUUUUACAAAAACCGCGCCAUUGUGCAGGAGAUUAAAAAGCUCGCUGAUAAGAAAGGUGUCAGCGUUUCUCAGAUUGCACUUGCCUGGGUAGCUGCUCAGGGCAUGAUUGCCAUCCCGGGCACCACCAAGGCUUCUCGGCUCGAGCAAAACUGGGCUUCAAGGAAUGUGGAUUUCACGAAGGAAGAACUCGAGGAAAUGAGGAAAAUCGUGGAUACAGCCAAACCGCAUGGAAACAGGUAUGCUCCGGCGCAGCAGGCAAUGGUGGGACAUUAA